AUGCCGCAGAUCGCGUUUGGUACCGGCUCAAAGUGGAAGGGACAGGAUGUCACGGACUAUGUAACGAACGCCAUAGAGACUGGCUUCUCUCACAUAGACACUGCACAGUUCUAUGCCAACGAGGAGAGUGUCGCGGCCGCUAUCCGUGAGACUGGACUUGACCGCUCCGACGUGUUCAUCACGACAAAGUGGUCGAGCCAGGCAGGUGUGCGGGAGCAACAGCUUGAGCUCACACAAGUCGACCUGUAUCUGAUUCAUAACCCCGCCCUCGUGAAGGACUAUGAGUCUGACUGGCGCGACUUUGAAGCAGUCAGGGAGGCCGGGUUGACCAAGAGCAUCGGUGUUAGCAAUUUCAGUCUAGAGCAAAUGCAGAAGCUCUGGAAGAUAGCCAAGGUCAAGCCUGCCGCGAACCAGAUCCAGUUCCACCCCUACAACUACGCGGGAAAUAAGGAUCUGCUCGCGUUCUGCCAACAGCACGGUGUUGUCGUCGAGGCCUACAGUAGUCUUAGUCCCAUCACAAGAUAUCCGGGCGGUCCAGUAGACAAGCCAGUCAAUGCCGCGGCGAAGAGACUCGGUGCGACCGCCACCCAGGUCAUUCUCUCCUGGGUCAAAGCCAAGGGCGUGGUCAUUGUCACCACGAGCUCCAGUCGGGAACACAUGCAAGAAUACCUCGACGUCGGCGAUCUGCCCGCAUUGACCGAGGACGAGAUUGCCGCUAUCGAUGUUGCAGGGGCUCGAGGGCCGCCAUCGUCCGCCCACCGCCGCAUUAGGGACGCAGCCAUCCUCCUUUCCACCACAGCGCUUCUAGGCUGGAGGCUGUACCGGUUCCUUCACUGA